UUUUUUCUGUAAGGUAAGCUAAACAACAAUGGCGAUAACGGUCCCAACACUUACUCCUCUCUCUUCCACUUCUUUAUUCAAUGCCCAAUAUCACUCCAAGCUUCCCUCCUUUGCUACAACUUCCGUCAAACCCAACCUCAAGAGCUUUAAAAUCAAAGCUAUCAAAGAAAAAGCUGAAGAGAUUAAAACCCCUUCUUCAUCAUCUGUGGAUGAAGUUACAAAGAAGUACGGCCUUGAAGUUGGGUUAUGGAAGAUAUUCAGCUCAAAGGAAGAAGAAGGGGGAGAAAAGAAAUCAAAGGGGGAUAAAGCAAAAGAGCUUCUAGCCAAAUAUGGAGGAGCCUACUUGGCAACCUCUAUUACUCUCUCCUUGAUAUCCUUCUCCCUUUGUUAUGCACUCAUCAAUGCAGGUGUUGAUGUUCAAGCAUUGCUGCAAAAGGUGGGAAUCUCAACCGAUGCAACCGGAGAGAAAGUCGGGACCUUUGCUUUAGCAUAUGCUGCCCACAAAGCUGCAUCUCCUAUUAGGUUUCCUCCAACUGUGGCUCUCACUCCUAUUGUCGCGAGUUGGAUAGGAAAGAAGGUUGAAAAAGAUCAGUGAGAUGUGUGGUACUACCAAAUUCAAUGCCAGUCUCAUAAUAUUUAGUCUACAAGUAAAACAUGUCUUCUCUUUGGUUGUUUCCCUUGGAGAUUUAAGAGUUUUUCUUGAAGCUCCAAAAUGAUUUAGGUUGAUUUCAGUGUGCUUGCAAUCGGGUUAAUUGCAAGAACAACAUUGAUUCGAUGAAAAUACGAUAUAAGACUGUUAUCAUGUAAAA